AUGUACUUCUACGUACCAGUCAUGGUGCCUGUGAAGGAGAAGAGGUACAAGAAAAAGGUGGUCUACCUUGAGCCACCUACCCCCGGCAGUGUGACGCUUCGCAGGAAGAUCACAACUGUCGUACCAGCACCUGCUCCACCACCUGCGCCUCCAGUCAUUGAGCCGCCGCCACCACCACCUGUGCUCGCUCUCCCCCCGCCUCCGCCUCCGCCGCCUCCAGUCAUUCACAGGCCACCACCGCCAGUCUUCUUGCAGCCGCCACCGCCACCGCCGUCGUCGGCUAGAGAUGAGAUCGACGUGAUCGCUGUGGAUGUCGAGCCUUCCGAGAAGACCAAGUCAACCCGGUCCUCCUCCUCGUCCAGCUCGUCUUCCAAGUCCUCGAAGAAGACAAGCCGCAGCCGCAGCCGCAGCCAUAGCCAUUACGAUGAGCGGGAGAGGGAGGUCAUCAUCGAGAGGGAGAGGAUGGUGCCCGUCCCGACGAGGCGGGAAUACGAGACGUACCGUUACGUCGAAGGACCGCCGCAGAGGAGAUACCUCCCCGCUCCGCCCUCGCCACCGAAGAGGAUCGAGGAGGAUAGAGAGAGGAUCGUCAUCAACAUCGAGGAUCGAAAGAGGGGCAGAGAAUAUUAUUAUCGCUGA